AUGCCUGUUGCAACUCAGGCAUCUCUGAAAGGCAUUACCCCGGAGCAACUUGAAGAGACGGGCUGCAUGUUGUGUCUGAACAACACAUACCACCUUGGUUUGAAGCCAGGACAAGAAGUCUUGGAUGCUAUAGGCGGAGCACACAAGCUGCAGGGAUGGGACCGCAAUAUUCUAACUGACAGUGGCGGAUUUCAAAUGGUCAGUCUGCUCAAGCUUGCAACCAUCACUGAAAAGGGUGUCGAGUUUUUGAGUCCUCAUGACGGUACACCUAUGCUGCUGACUCCCGAGCACUCAAUGUCGUUACAAAACAGUAUUGGCAGCGAUAUCAUGAUGCAGCUCGACGAUGUCCUUGUCACAACAUCACCCGAUAAAGCUCGAAUGCGUGAAGCUAUGGAACGUAGCGUGCGAUGGCUGGACCGAUGUAUCAAAGCUCACAAGAAGCCCGAGUCACAGAACCUCUUUUGCAUUAUCCAGGGUGGCCUGGAUCUUGAGAUGCGUCGAGAGUGCUGUCGCGAAAUGCUGGCUCGUGACACACCUGGCAUUGCAAUCGGUGGACUCAGUGGUGGUGAAGCGAAAGCAGACUAUUGCAGAGUUGUUGCGACUUGCACAGAGAUGCUCCCUGACUUGAAACCACGAUACGUCAUGGGUAUCGGUUAUCCUGAAGAUCUGGUGGUGAGUGUUGCGCUGGGUGCCGACAUGUUUGACUGCGUGUGGCCUACGCGAACAGCUCGAUUUGGAAACGGAGUCACCAAGCAUGGUGUUCUCAACAUGCGCAACAAGAAGUACGCCCAUGAUUUCAAUCCUGUCGAGGAGGAUUGCAAGUGCAUGGUCUGCAAACCAACUGCUGAAGGAGGGAUGGGUGUCACACGGGCAUUUGUUCACCACAACGCUUCCAAGGAGACUGUGGCGGCGCACUUGCUAACGAUUCACAACGUGUUCUACCAACUAAACCUCAUGCGCCAAAUACGAGAGGCAAUUAUUGAGGAUCGCUUCCCUACAUUUGUGCGGCAGUUCUUUGCUUGGCUAUAUGCUGACAAGGCAGAGUAUCCGGAAUGGGCAGUUGGAGCAUUGAAGGGUGUUGGUAUAAAUUUACAAUCGGAAUAA